UAAGCAACGUUGAAAAGCACAUCUUUAGUGCAGUCUUACUGGUGUGAGGUGGGCGUUGUGUUGGCUACUCACGGCGCCCUGCCAAGGAUGAUGGACUUCCAACCCGCCAUAGUCAUCGACAAUGGGUCAGGUCUGAUCAAAUCUGGCAUCUCGGGAGAUAAAGAGCCUCGCUCGAUCUUCUACAACGUGAUCGGCAAGCCGCGGCAGAAAUCGCUCAUCAUCGGAGCCGGGCAGAAGGACUUCUACAUCGGCGAAGAAGCCCAAGCCAAGAGAGGGGUGCUGUCCAUCAAGUACCCCGUGGAACACGGCAUAGUCACCUGCUGGGACGACAUGGACAAGAUCUGGAGGUACAUGUAUGACAACGAUUUGAAAAUUAAGCCGAACGAGAGACCGGCUCUGGUGACCGAGGCUCCCCUGAACCCGCUGGGCAACAGGGAAAGGAUGUGUCAGAUCCUCUUCGAGGGUUUCGAGGUGCCGGCCAUGUACGUCGCCGUCCAAGCGGUACUGGCCCUCUAUGCCUCCGGCAGAACCACGGGGUGUGUGAUGGACAGUGGCGACGGAGUGACCCACACGGUGCCUAUUUACGAGGGUUACUGCUUGCCCCACGCCGUUCUGAGGCUGGAGCUGGGAGGGAGGGACCUCACCGAGUAUCUGGUGAGGAUCCUCACCGAGAGUGGGAUCUCGUUCGUCAGCACAGCCGAGAAAGAGAUAGUGAGGGACAUCAAGGAGAGGCUGUGUUACGUGGCUCUGGAUCUGCAGGCAGAGAUGUGCAAGAAACCUUGCGAAGUGGAGAAGGAUUACAAGCUGCCGGAUGGUCAGGUCAUCAAGAUCCAGAGCCAAAGGUUCCGCUGCCCCGAGACGCUCUUCAUCCCGGCCAACAUCGGCACCGAAGCCCCGGGCAUCGAUAAACUCUGCUUCAACACUAUCAUGAAGUGUGACAUCGACCUGAGAAGGGAUCUCUACGCCAACGUGAUCCUCGCCGGAGGUUCCAGCUUGUUCCCGGGCAUCGACGAGAGGAUGCUGAAGGAAUUGACCAAAAUGGUCCCCACCGGCACCCUGGUCAAAGUGUGCGCUCCGGCCGAGAGGAAAAACUCGGUGUGGAUUGGCGGCUCCAUCCUCUCCUCCCUGUCGGCUUUCCGACAGAUGUGGGUGACAGACUGCGAGUACAAGGAAGUUGGGGCUAACAUUGUGCACAGAAAGUGUUUCUAA